AUGAAGGCCAGCCAUGCGGCUACUGCCCCCAAACCCACCAAGAAGGAUAAUUCCUUGACCCUCGCGGUCCAGGCGAUUCGGCGAUUGGAAGCGAAGAUUGAGAAUCUCACAUCGAUUGUGAAAGGAGCUCAUGAUCCACGGACAGAUACAGCGCCUGACCGGCCGCCACCUGCUGCGCAGGCCAGUCCGAAUGCAGCCCUGGAAGGCAAUACCAGGGCGUUUAACCACGUUGAGCGGCGACGCACUCAUCAUGCGGCACCGUCAUCUCAUACGGUCUCCACGCCAGGAGCCGGUCCUGACCCUCGAUCAGGGAGGACUAAUUGCAUCAAUCUGUCCUUCAGCCAGCAUGAGGUAGCUUCUUGGCCUGCCGUCAAACAGAUCCUUCCUGGAUCCUUUGUUUCAGCUCGGGAAACCUUGCCUAGACAAUAUAUCAUUGAGAUCGAGAGUGAGAGAACUCCACUCCCAAUCGAAAUUCAGUCACCACUGGGUCCUUUCCAGGAACAUUGGCUCCGCGAUCUCCCAUUGUCGGUCAUCAAGGGGCUCUCUGAGGCCUACUUUGCUGUUUUCCACAGAAGUACUCCCGUUCUGGAUAAAUACUACUUCUUAUCAAGCACGCUGAGCAUAGCAAUGGAAACUGAGUUUGGAUAUGACAUUGAAUCUUGUCUGAUCCUUGUGGUUUUAGCCCUCGGUUGCCUGGCGGUUAAGGCUCAUGAAGAAGGGAGCUUUCCAUUACCUUGCAGAUCCCCACAACCUGUCAUUGGGUUCGUGGCCCCUGAGUGGUAUGAUCUCAUUCUGGACGAUCCACCUGGACUGAAAUUUUUUAACGAGGCUCGAAAGCGCUUCGGCUUCCUUAUGUGUCAGCAUGACAUACAGUCAGCACAGUUCAGUAUGCUCUGCACAGUGUACUAUGCUCAGAUCUUGAGACCUAUCGAAUCGUGGUCCACGGUUAAUCGAGCGGCUUUAUGCUGUAUUACCAUCUUAAAACGAUCAACAUCAAUUGAUUUCGACAAAUGGGAUGGUGACAUGUUCUCCCGCGUCUUCUGGGCUACAUUGAUGUACGAAACUAUCAUAACCCAAGAACUGGACUUACCGCUCAGUGGCCUCCUGGACUACGAGGCGGACAUGCCUAUACCGAAAUUUACGCCUUGCCCGCGCCCGAAGACAUCAAUAUCCCAAUUGAUAAUCGAUGAGGACGACUCCUACUUCAAUUUCCAUUUUCUCGCUCAGGCGGCACAUCGAAUCCUCCUCACGCGAAUCCGUCACAAUCUGUACUCUUUUGUCGAGAAAGCAGGCUCCCCAACACCGACUAUCACCGCCGAAAUGCACCACCAGCUCGAACAAUGGCGAGCCAAUCUUCCUCCAGCAUUGCAAUUCACGGAUGCUGACAACGAAGACGAUUCUCCCAGUCCGGCCCACGUGAUUGCAAGGGCAAUGCUACGUAGUCGCUACUUAGUAGCCAAAUUCCACAUAGGGCGGCCUUUUCUGUACAAGGCUCUUCACUAUCCCACCCAUACGACAGACGGCGAAUACGAAGAGAUUGCCAAAGGCUUGCAGGGAGCCAUGUUCUGGCCAACUACGACUGGCCAAUGUGCGCAAAUGAAGUCAGCCUUGCCAAUCAAGUUUGGUUGGUGCAGUCAGUGCUUUGGACAGGUGCUCAUGUUCCAUGCUAUUGCGCGGUCGCCGGACAUGAAGCUGCGAGCCACUUUGCCCCCUAAUUGGGAGGAAUGGGUUAAGGUUAUGGUCAGCCUCAUUGAAGAUUGUGGAAGGGAGAGUCCAGGAAUUGCGAAAGAUGCGGAGCUGUUGAAACUGCUUUGA